UAUGAAAACGAACGAAUAGACUGGAUAGACCGAGUAGUUAUUAUUGAACUGUUAAACAUUAUUUCGUCUAUUUGGAAAUCCUGACGAAAUAUUCCUCCUUAGGUUUGGUUGGAACUAUCAGAGCAUUUAUCAGUUUAUUAUUGGUCUCCGAAAUAUUUAACAUGUUUCGACCAGUUUGCACAAUUGGUCAGAGAAUCUCAUUUGAGAAAAAAUCCAAGGAAUUUAUCAGGAAUAAGGUGGUCCGGCCUGCUUCUUUCCUAAAACCUGUGGAAAAGAUCAAACUUUACAACAAGGAGAAUAAAGAGUUAUUUGGGCCUUUGUUAGAAACUAGUAAGCAGAAGAAACAGCGCUUGCAGAAGUCGGCUAAAAAUAGUGUAUCACAUCAAAACAACGGCGCAAACGCUACAAACGAAAAUAAAUUGAAAUUCUUAGGAAGUACAGACAGAAAUGAAAUUGGACAGUGUAAGACACUGACUGGAUAUUUGAGGUACAAUCCAGUGCUGGCUGUGAAUGUGUUGAAGAACAAAAUGUGGCAAAAUACUAGGCACUGUGUGAAUUUCGUAGGCGUUGUGUUGAAUAAUACAGUAGUUAGGAGUUUAGCUACAUCUGCAUCAUGUAAUGCAGUCCGUAGCUCUCCAGCACAGCCUGGCUAUGUGAGUGAAGACAAAAUCCUUCAGAUCAAACAUCACAAGAAUGAUUAUGCUGAACAGUUCCCAUCUGUGACCUUAAUAUUAAAUAAAACAAUGACAGAGGAGUCUAGGGCAGCAUUGGAGAAAUGGAAGCAGGAAAAGAUUGCUGAGAUGGGAUUGGAUGAAUUCAACAAAUAUUAUACAGCUCAAAUGGCCCUCGGUACGAAAUUCCACAGUACUUUGAAAAACUACUUCACACAGCCUCAAACUCAGCUUCGUAUAGAAAAGGAUGUUGAAGGUGUGUGGGUGUCUGUAUCAGAUGUAUUGAAGAACAUAUCAGCACCGAAAGCAAUAGAAUCCAAUGUCUGCCAUCCUGUAUUGAAGUAUAGAGGAAUAUUUGAUGCCAUCGCUGAUUACGAAGAAAAGCCGACCCUUAUUGAAUGGAAGAAGUCAGACAGGCCACGCAAGUCUUUAGCAAACACUUACGACAAUCCCGUUCAACUGGCAGCGUACUUCGGUGCAAUUUGUCACGACUUAAAUUACAAGCAUUUCAACGUCAGAGACGCUCUCCUCGUCAUUGCCUACACUGACGGAUCUAAGGCUGAUGUAUUCCAUCUAUCUACGGAUAAACUCAGGGAACAUUGGGCCCAGUGGCUCAUACGACUUGAAGAAUAUACGAAGAACUACGGUAACAAUUCGGAAAAGAUGUUAAAAGGCGGUAAACGGGUGUUCGAAGAGGAUAUCGGGAAUCUCCAGUAAUUAACGUGGAGGUCUGCACAAGACACCGAGGAUCAAGAAUAUAUUUAUCUUAAAGUGUCAAGAUUUGAUCAAACAAAACCGCCUUAUACGCGUGUUACAAUAAAUUGCACAUACAAAGGCAUAUUAUAAGUAACAUUCACCCAAGUGCAAGAAGCUUAGAAAUUUUCAAUUUGUGUAAAACAUUGUGUGAAAAGUAACAGUAUACAGAGAAAACUUCGCUUCCGUUUGAACAAUGAUUUUUGUACGAAUGUUGACGUGUGUUAUAGAAAAGAAAUUGUUGAAUGUAGACAUUGAUUUCAGACUGUUGAUGAACAUAUUUAAAAUAAAAAUCCGAUUAUAAAAUAGCCAAACGAUUCGAAAAAGUUCAAUCUAAGCAGGAUUUAUUACCACGAAGGUGACGAACAAGAGGAUAUGUUUACAUCGUUAAAUUAUAAAUAACGCGGAAAAUAUCACAACGGAUUUAAAACUCGUGCCGAAUGCAUAGGUCUUCACUUCACACGUUUAUUCCCGUCGCACCAUAAUAAUCUGAUUUGCAAUAUUGAUCGAUUGUUUCUAAAUAUAACAUGCAAAUCAAACGGAGUACCGAGAUUAUUUAGUAAGGUUUCACUUAGACAUUUAAUCAAUCAUCUCAGUCUGCUGCACACCUACAAAUCAAACCGAAUAUCUCAAUUUAUAAGUUUAAAAAUAAUAGUUUCGUCAAACUGUGUUUGGGAAUAGGCUACUGCUCAUUCCUCUGGGUUUUUGUCCCCUGAGUAGCAUUUUACCAUAACCAGAUCGGAGAAGGAGUUUGAAUUCUCCGAAAUCCCAUCUAUUUCAUACGUUUGUUCUGGCGCAAAUGGCAAGAAACCUUAUAUAGAGCAAUGUACGGGAGUUGACAUGAUUUCAGGACCGUUUCGUUUGGAUGGACAUGUGACAUAGUUGGCAAUGUGCCUGCUCUUACCUAAUCUUUGUGAACUGUGGAUAUGGUCAGGGAUUUUUACAGCUCACAUACGAAUUUAAGACAAUGUAUAAGAUCAAUAGUUUGAAAUCAUUCGUGUGUUAAGUAAUUUGGCUAGAUGCGGUUGAACUGAGAAUAUGAUGAGUAAAUAGUUAAAAUUGUUUGUCGACAAAACAUCUAAUACUGUGUCUUAAAAGUAUAAGAAUUAUUAUGGACUUCGGACUUGCUAUGUCCAAAAUAAUUUUCUUCAAUGAGACGAUAUAAUUUAAUGUCUUACACUAAUAUCAUUAUUUUACAUGUAAUAAUAUUAUCCACUAUAGCUGUAUAAAGUGGGUACAUAAUGUAUGUAAAUUAUUAUUGAUUUAGUGGCCUGUUAGCUUUUACUUCGGAAUUCACUUUCACGAUACUGGUAAAAUUUGUUGAAUACAUUUACUCGAAAAUUAACUUAUAUGUCAACAUGCUACAAGAAACCUAAGUAGCUUUAUUUCGGCUGUUAAGGGAUUGAAUGAAUACUAAUCAGAAACAUGGGACUUGAGUUUAAAUCUGAAAAAUACGUUUUUCUCCUCACGAAAGUAAACUACUAACUAUUAUUUAGAUUAUUAUUUAUGCCAUCUGAAUUUCUCGUAUAAUAGACGUCGAUUUUUUAUUUAGAUUUGUCCUUAAUUGCCAAAAAUUAACUAGCAACUAGUCUGAAAUUGGUACAAAUUGUGUUCAAUGUGCUAAAGAAAUGCUUUUGAAAGUUUCAUACUUUGGCCUUUAGUUUUACGCUAUUUUUAGGAUCUUUUAAGUUCGUUUUAUGACAUUUUAUCUGUAUUGUAUAACAAACACCAAAGACCAACUAAUUCGGUGGGUAACUCUUUGGAAUGUUUUACAAUAGUUUUUGAAAUGCUUUAUUUUUAUUGUUAUCUGGCUAAAGUAUGAAAAGUAUAACCAGAAAAUGUUCAAGAAAAGUUUCUUAACAUACUAUUUAAAAAGCAUUUAUUAUUUUUAUGCCCUCUUCAAAAUCUUAGUUUGUGUUUUGGAUCUAUGUUACAGGCAACUACGUCUUACAGAACGCUUCAAUUUAUUCCAAAUGAUGCUGAGACAAAGUUCUAAGAACAGCCUCGAUUAUUUGACGAAAUAUGCUUUAUUUACAGUUUUUCGCUUUAUAUUUAACCUCGCGAACUAUUUAAAGGAACAAUAUGUGAAUUGUACUUUUCUUAGGUAGGUUACAUAUUUUAUUAUUUUGUAUGAUUUUAUGUGUUCUGUAUAACUUGACUGCUAACUAAGCCGUCUAAAGUAAGGUCUGAUUUAAGUCACUGUAAUUCUCUGAUAUUAAAUAAUAUAGAACUUAUUCCACA